AUGUCUUCAGCUGAUGUUGAGAUGGGAGAGGUGAAGAGUAGCACUUCACCACCAGCAGGUGAGGCAACAGAGGCUACUACAACAACAACACCAUUGACUAUACAGACAUUGGUGGACCUACCACAUCCAAACUCAUUCGUCGUGGCCGAUAGGAUCAGAUCAAUGUGCUCAACGAUGAUGGAACAGCGUGGCAUGCCACAACAACAACAUAGUGGCGAUGGUUUGACUGACAGCGCAACGCAUCAAACAGUACUAUCAUUGUUCAUGGAUCUGAAGGAUGCCAAUCGUACAGAUCAAUUUGCGUCAGAGGCCACCAAAGGCGAUGUAGACAAAGAGCGUCAGAGGUUGGACAAUAUCAAUCAACUCUAUCAGAACUAUGUAUACGAGAAGAACCAUCUAAUGAAGGAGAUAAGAUCACUUACAGAGUUUGACAUUGAUAAGGAUCAGCCAGUGUUGGUAUCACAAGAGUACUAUCAAUCAAAGUGUGCACAGUCUGUGGAUCAUAGUAAUAAUGAAGAAGAUGUAAUGAAUGGUGAUACCAAUGGUAACAACAGCAAUAGACAUAAUGAUAUAAUACAACGUUUGAACUUUGAGUUGGAAGAGCGAGCACAGAUGGUUGAACAAUUGGUUAAUCUCGAGAAGGAGAAGAAGUCUAUGAUAGCACUCAAUCGUACCAAGCAAGACUUCCUCCUGUCACUACCAAAGAUUGUAUCUGACUUGUCAAAGAGACUGUCAACGCUACAACCAUCACUCAACUCAAGUUACAACUUGAAUGUAGUACAUUUACCAAAGCCAUUAUAUAUGAUAUAUACAUCCAUCCUUUCAUUCCAAUCAUCUUCAAAGAAAUCAGAUCUCAACAUCAAGAUACAAGGUGACAUGGACAAGGCCAUUCAGUUCAAUACAACUCAAUCAUCAUCAACAUCUUCAUCAUCAUCAUCUACUUCUCAAGUUACAUCAUCCAUGGAAGAUGACGUACAAGCAUCAGGAACAGGCACAUCGACAACAACAAAGACAGAUCAGACAAAGACGACAACAACAUCAUUGGUACAUCCACUCUCACUGGUAUUCUUGUAUAACAUAUCGAACCAGGUCGUCCAGCUUCAGUUCCAGUAUCACGUCGACUUGAACUUGGUCAGCUUGGUCUCAAAUGACAUUAGCGAUCAGCUCCACACCAACCUGUUCCCAGACGACACCAUCGAUCUGGCAGCAGAGUGCGCUGGCAGUGGCACAACACCUCCACCGGUGGUUAAUGGACGUCUGUAUCGAUGGGUGCAGGUAUUGGCUGGUCUGAUGCAGUGUCCCACUCAAUCAAUUGGUAAUCAAUGGUCAUUCGUCUCUUAUAUUCUCUCGAUGAUUGAGAAGCGAAUUGCCGUCACUCAGAAGCUAAAGAAGCAGGUGUCAUUGCUCAAGAAACAAGUAGUUAGCAAGCCAUCCAACGAUCAUCGUUUCUCGAUGACCCUAUUCGAGGAGGUGGCACUCCACAGACAUACUGUGGCACUUGCCUCCUUUAGACUUGUAUUUCAGAAUGCCAAUGCUGAGAUACAUUCCAAUGUAAUAAUCACAGAGUCUUCACCAAUAUUCACUAUCCGAUCAAAGGCACUCAAGCAAGACAACAACAACAACAACAACAACAAUGCUACAAGCAAUUAUCUUUUAUUGGAGAAGGAAACAAUCAAGAGUAUUGAAUCCGAGUUGAACUUACAUUAUAUGAUCGAGGACCAGACAACAAGGAUGAUGGAGGCCGCCACAUUAGUAGAUCAAAUUGAUAAGCUAAAGUCGAUAUUGAACUUCUUGGGUGAGCCAUUGACAAGCAUUCAAUCAAAGACAGUUGGAAGAUUUAGACGAGGAAAGUUACGUAGUUUACCCUUGUCAUUUGACACCUCAAGUCAACAAUGGUCCCAUAAAUGA